AUGGCAACAACAAGGAGCCGGUCGGCCACUGAGACUAGCCAUAGUGUAACGUCGUUUGAAAAUGUACCUCCGAAGAUCGAGGCUACUCGGGAACCGUCGUUGCAGGACCCUGGCAACCAUUCGAGAGACCAUUUCAAGAAAAGAAUGAGCAAGACGAGAUUCUGGAUACGUGACAAGAUGCUCAGGUUUACCGAAAACCAAUCUGAUACUUUGUACGCCUGGCAAUCACGAUUUCGGCGCGAUGCUCUGGACAGAUAUUUUGGAUACACUUCGUUGAUGGGAUCGCACACAUUUUACGUCAUCAUGCUGCCUCUACCACGCUGGUUGGGUAUGAGUGCCGCGUCGCGUGAUCUGGUUUAUGUACUUGGUUAUUCGAUUUACUUGAGUGGGUAUUUGAAAGACUACUGGUGUCUUCCACGGCCGGUCUCACCACCUCUCACUCGAGUCACUUUGAGCGGAUACACGACCAAAGAGUAUGGCGCCCCGAGUUCUCAUACCGCCAACGCUACGAGUGUUGCGAUGCUUCUGGCCUGGUACUUGUAUCUGUACGACGAAGGGUCGAUGAUCUGGAAAACGGUUGCAAUGGCAAGCAUUUUGUUCUACUACCUGACUUUGACUCUCGGCCGGAUCUAUUGCGGAAUGCACGGCAUUCUAGAUAUCGUCACAGGUGCAAUGGUCGGCGCAGUAUGUUUUGCAGGCCGAUUCUGUGUGCAUUACUACACCUCUUUUGAUCAGGCAAGCAUGCACGAGUGGGGUUGGUGGUUUCCGGUCACAUCCAUAUCUUUCGGCUUAUUUUUGCUAUAUUUCCACGCGAAACCGGUCGACGAAUGUCCAUGUUUCGAUGACAGUGUCGCGUUUAUCGGCGUCAUUGCAGGUAUAGAGUGCUCUGACUGGCUCCAAUUCCACGUCAAUAAUCCGGGGACUUUCCAAACAAGCUACGAUUUCUCCACUCUGGGCAUCAGAGGAACGAUUUUGCGUACUUUCGUUGGGGUGUCUCUCGUGAUCCUAUGGAAGAGCGUCAUUGGGAAAAAAGUUAUAUUUUCAGUCCUCAACAGGCUGACUACAGAUGACAGACACUUGUACGUGGUGCAACAUAACGAUGACAAGCAGUUACCAGAGAUCUCCUUAUUUCACGGUCGCUCAAACACCAAUCUCAUUGGGAGGUUCUUCCUUUAUGCAGGUGUCCCGGCUGUUGUCGUCUUGGCAUGCCCUCUGGCCUUCCGGGCAUUGAAUUUGUAA